GAUUUUGAAAAAUUUAGCUUGUUACGGAAACAAGGAUUUGUGAUGAAACUUUAGUGGAGACCCCUUUUUCCUAUGACAACUCUUUUGGGAGUGACUUUCACUUCUGACGGGUAGAUUUCUCUCAUUUCCUGUUGUCUCACCUCCGUUCUUAACUAUGAGUCAUUUGAACGCUAACAUGCUGCCAGAGAAGGACCCCCGAAAACAAGGGGAGAAGGAUCCCAAAGAAGACCCCUCAGUCACACUCUUCCGAGAAUAUCUGAGAAUCAAGACGGUCCAGCCUGAGCCAGAUUAUGACACCGCUGUAAAAUUCCUGGAGAGAAUAGCUUCUGAGCUUGACCUGCCUUGUCAGAAGGUGGAGGUCUGCCCUGGUCGAGUGAUCACCAUUCUCACUUGGAAAGGCACAAACCCUCAGCUUCGCUCCAUCUUGCUGAAUUCCCAUACAGAUGUCGUGCCAGUGUUUGAGGAGUUUUGGCACCAUGGCCCUUUUUCAGCCUUCAAGGACUCUGAGGGAAAUAUCUUUGCACGUGGGGCCCAAGACAUGAAAUGUGUCUCUAUCCAGUACAUUGAAGCUAUCCGGAGACUGAAAGCUGAAGGAAGACGUUUUCCAAGAACUAUUCAUAUGAGCUUUGUUCCAGAUGAAGAGAUUGGGGGUUACAAGGGAAUGCAAAUGUUUGUGAAACGACCUGAAUUUGCCACACUUAAUGUUGGCUUUGCCUUGGAUGAAGGCCUGGCAAAUCCGACAGAUACUUUCACUGUAUUCUAUGGCGAGAAAUGCCCAUGGUGGAUUAAAGUGAAGGUAGAAGGGAAUCCAGGACAUGGAUCCAGAUUUAUUGAAAACACAGCUGCUGAAAAGAUGCACAGAGUGAUCACUUCUUUCCUAGAAUUCAGGGAACGUGAAAAACAAAGGUUGAAAUCAGAAAAGCACCUUACGUUAGGUGAUGUCACUUCGCUCAACCUGACCAUGCUGAAUGGGGGCAUCUCUUUCAAUGUGGUCCCCUCUGAGAUGUCUGCAGCCUUUGAUAUUCGCAUCCCACCCACAGUUGAUUUAAAGGCAUUUGAGGAGCAGGUCACAGCUUGGUGCCGGGCAGCUGGCGAAGGGGUUACCUAUGAGUUCCACCAGAAAUACACGGAUCAGUCGGUGACCUCCACAGAGGAGUCUGACCCUUGGUGGAAGGCCUUCAGUACCACCUGCAGGGACAUGAACAUGAAGCUGAAGUGUGAAAUCUUCCCAGCUGCCACAGAUAGCCGCUACAUUAGAGCAGCAGGUCACCCGGCGAUUGGCUUCUCCCCCAUGAACCGCACUCCUGUGCUGCUACAUGACCACAAUGAGUUCCUGAAUGAGCAAGUCUUCCUCCGAGGGAUUGAAAUCUAUGCCCAGAUCAUCGCUGCACUUGCCAAUGUCCCUCAGCUCCAAGCAGAAGCUUGAGGGGAGGGCGACUAAGCAGAUGGGAGAAGAGAUAAACCAAAGAAAAAGACAGAUAGACUGAAAACCUCUUCUGUUUGCUUCCCAUUGUGACACAACACCCUCCCUGGGGGAUGCAGGCCUUGGAUGUUUGAUUGAGGGCUGGGGACUUGCUGAGAUCUGGUGGAAUACCAAUACUGAUUGUGGAACAUUCUUGAGUGGCCCAUCAGGGGCAAAACAGGCUAAAAACUGGCACUUGGACCAGCACACCUAAAGCAGGGUUCGGUAGGUAUCAGUGACUGUUUUCCCACUCCUCACUCAUCAGAUGCCAUUAGUGUUUCCACACUUUGUGCAGGAAGGACACUCAGCUCUCAGUCUCUUUAUCAGCACCUGUCCUUUUUGAGAACAAAAUGAUGUUUUUGUGGCUCCUUAAGUGCUAGGCUUGAAGGAGUUCACAGCACUGAGGUUUCACAGGGUGUGUCACAAAGCGUCACUGCUCUUAUCGCUGAUCUGCCCUUCAUUCUGAGAUUCCUCUUGUUCCUCUUGCCUUCCAAUGCUCACAGCAAUAAAAGCAUUCAUACCCCACUUACAAACCUAUGGGCAAAGCAACUGGAGGAGCAGGAGAAGACCUGGCCUCUGAGCAUAAUUGAGCUCUCCUAGAAACCUUUAUGUCUUGAAGGGGUGACUGCUGUUUAUCCCUUGCUGCUUUGCUGGCUUUCUCUGCUUGGAGGCAGCCCCCAUUCUGCUGUCUCUGUGUGGGAUCUGGAUAUUAUGAAAAUUUCCGAUCCACUGUGAUAAGCUGUAUGAAGCUGGGCAGGUCUCUUUUUCACUUUGUAUCUAUGUUCCUCUGUUCGUAGAGGGGCAUGAAUGGUAAACUGGUCCUUUGCCACUUGAGAUCCUCUGGUGGAAAAUGAGCAGUAGCCAAAGGGGGGUUUAAUAAAGAUAUUCAUAACCCUGAGUAAUAAGAGGAAGAUAGGGAUGAAAAUAAUGAAUAUGGCCUUACUCGGAGUCUUUCUUGCCUCCACCAUGACUGAAAUGCAGAGGAACGCUAUCUCCAUGAAUUUUUACUUCUUGGAACUGAGUUGUAGAGGUGCUGGCUGCAGCAUGCUGCCUUAAUUUUCUAUUGAACUUAAAAAUCACUGUUGAUGAAUGAUAAAACAGGUAAGAGUUGAAUAGGACAGCCAUCUUUUGUUCUGCAAUAAUUCCCCUGGGCCUCAUGCUACCCAGUGACACACCUUUUUGGAGGUGGGAAGUGCAGGGUUAAAAUGAAACCUUGGGCCACUUUAUCUUGCUCAAUCCACCUCCUUACUCAAAACAUUUUCCAAUUUGUCUCCUUUGGAUCUCCCUCCUCCCACAUACGCAAAGGGGCAAUUGAUCCCAUAAAAGGGAUUGUGGCCCAGCCUUAAAUAAGAUGGUUCGUUUGGACUGGAAGUAGAGCACCCUCCAACUGUUCUGUGUUUUACUUCAGAUCUGCCUUAUCCCCACUCCCCCAUCCCAAAGCCAACCAGCCUCUUGUUCAGAUGGACUAUAGUUACAGUCCACAUAUUGCUAGCAUACAGGGCCGUUCUUCAGCUACAGUUACUUUCUAAAAAUUCACUUUCUGCUUAGUAUUGGAUUAUUUUAUCUGACAUUAGCGAGGACAUUUUCUAGAAAUUCCCUUAUAGUUGCAACAAUUCUACAUCCAAAUAUAUAGAGGAGGGGAUUUAUGCUUUUUGUCUUCUUAUUUAAUCCAUUUGACUAGGGAAAGACACAAAACAUUAUUUUGCCAGAUAAUCCGUUCACAUUUACUGAGAAAAUAUGGGCUGCACUGUAAGUUUUGUGUCUCCUGUAUAUCUGGAUGCCAGGGCAAAUUUAAGAAUGGCUUGGAGAAUGGGUAUGAUGCACCUUUAUGUAUAUUUUGCCUGAAAUAAUUGUCCUGUUGAGUUGCGUGAGGUUUCCUUCUUCAUGUGUAUUGGAUCACAGCAUAUCCAAAUGCAAAAAUGUGGAUUUCUUAGAUAACCAAAUAACAUUCUUUAUGAAAAAUACACAAUAGCAGCCUGCUGAUAAGAGCCUCCCAUGGAAAAGGAAAAACUAUUUCUGUCUGAUGCAGAUUCAGCUUCUGGUGCUGUUUCAGCUGUUUUGAUAUUUAUCCUUAUUUGAACCUCCUCCCACAUCAGUACUUUGAAGAGUACUUUGGAGGGGCAAUAAAUAUUCGGAUUCCCCAAACUGGUGGCUUUUACAGUCCAGAAAUGCAACUUUUCCAAGUUCUGCCUCAAAAGGUUGAUAAGAAUAAGCAGCUUCCUAUUUGAAUCUCAUCUCAAAUAAGUGGACUAGUCAAUUGCUGUUUAUACAAAAGCUGUAAACCCCUAGCUUGUGUCAUGGGCUGCACCGUUUCCUUAUUCAGCAAGAUCUACCCAGGAGGAGGACCUGCCUUUACUGCAUAGUGAAUCAAUUCUGUCCUAAUUUGAGGGAGAAGUGCACACUUUGGUCCUUGUAGGCACGGUGCAGUCCUGAUCCCUGCAUUGCAGAGGCUGCCAGAGAGAAGCUGCUCCCUGCAGCGAGGAAGAGGAGGGGCUGCCUGUAAGGCUGUGCUGUGUGGCCCACGUGAACUGUCAAUGUGCUGCUCCCUGUGUCUCCCAUAGGCUGAAUAGUUAAUUCAGUAGGUCUAUUGAAUUUGGGAGGCAAAUUCAAUAGACCUACUGAAUUAGCAGGAUGUAUGUCCUGCUAAUUCAGUGGUUCUCAACCUGUGGUCCCCAGAUGUUUUGGCCUUCAACUCCCAGAAAUCCUAACAGCUGGUAAACUGGCUGAGAUUUCUGGGAGUGGUAAACCAAAACACCUGGGAAACCACAGAUUGAGAACCAUUGUGCUAAUUCGAAUCCUUAAAAGUUUAAAAUUAAAUGAUUCAGCACAUGUCCCAUUAAAGUACUUGUUGGUUUGAGCUCAUAAAAUUAUCUAUUCAGCACUUGGAAAUGUUAUUUUUAAUACAAUUCCCAGAAUCCACCACCCAAUCAUCAUUGGCUCGCCAUGAGAUUUGGGAUGUUGCAUUCCCCCAACUCACUUUCUGGAUUUGUCUACCACCUAAUAAAUACCCUUUCGAAGGAAAAGAUCCCACAUAUGAACCAUUUUUAGCUUCAAGAUGGUUCUUUACAACACACAUCUAAAGAUCUACAUGGUAGCCAAACCAAAUAGAUGCUGAUAGGUGAGAACCUGGAGAUAAUUAACACUAUCAUGUUAUUCUUUGUUCUUUCUGUUUUUCCUGUAGACUGUCAAUAGUCUCUUAUUUGUGUGGCAGGUUUGAAAGUUUUAACAACCAUUUCCAAUCUGUAGUAAUGUGCUCAAAUAUGCUUGUUAUCGAAAUGAAACUAUGGGUUUAUGCUUGGAAAAGCUAGAACAAAUUGAUUACUGCAGCCGUGAUCAAAAUAUUAGCAAAAUACAAAUAUGAUUUUGAGAAAAAUAUAUGAUUAUUAAAAGAUCCAGAUUUUUUUGACACUGAA